GUGAGUCGUCAAUCUACGUUUUUCUCUCAGAAUUUUACCAAUUUUACCAGUUUUACACUCUCUUGCCAGCAAUCUUUUGCUAGUAAUGUGGAGGUAUUACUCUAUAGCAGCAGCAAGCAUCCUUGUAGAUAUAUACUUGGACUAUUAAGUGGUAAAAUUUAGAGUUUGGUUUGCUUCAGCAGGAACUGGAAUUGGAUAUCUGGCUUUGUAUUGUCCCAUCUAUAUACAUUAGUGUAAGUACAGAACUGCAUUGUCUGCUUUGUACUAUCCUGUAUUACUAUCACUGAGUAUUACUGUCAUUCUUUUCAACGAUAUUCAACUAUCACCAUGUCUGUUGCAAAUGCAUUUGACUUGCUGGAGGUGGAAGGUGUUCGCGAUGGGGACGUGUCAUUUAGACUUGAUGAUGUAGUACAGGGUGCGAUGGAGCACAUUCCUGAAGGGGGCAUUAACCGGCAGCUAGUGGGAGAUGUUGUCAAAGCGGUGGUUGCUGCAUUGCUACCCGUGAUGCAGUCGAUAGCUGCACAGGUGUCUCCCAAGGUUUCGGUGCAGAAGGUGCAGGCAUCCCUGCAGAAGCAUGAUGUGCGGCUCGAUGAGAUGGAGCAGUACUCCAGAAGGGACAACAUCGUGCUGCGGGGGGUGCCGGAGAAGGAAGGGGAGAACACCAAUGAUGUCGUCAUCGAGGUGUCGGCGUCUACUGGCAUUAAGGUGGUGGGGGCUGACAUCAGCACCAGCCAUAGGAUUGGACGCCCCCAGCCAAACAGGUCAAGGCCAAUCGUCGCCAGAUUUGUCCGCCGGGAUCUGCGGACUGACAUCCUCCGCAACAAGAGGAAGUUGAGGGACUCUCAACACAAAGACAUUAUGGUGUCCGAGCACUUGGCACCUGGCCGUGCCAAGUUACUACACGCCGUCAAGCAGGACGACCAGGUGGAGAGGGUGUGGACAAUUGACGGAAAGGUGCACUGUAUCCUGAAAGGUGACCCCAGGAAACUUACUGAAGUCUCCAGCUAGGAAGUAUUCGGCCCUCUCUCAAAUCUUUCAAAUCUUUCAAAUCUUUCAAAUCUUUCAAAUCUUUCAAAUCUUUCAAAUCUUUCAAAUCUUUCAAUGCUCAGCCUUAAUGUUAAUGGUUUAAAGAGUAAACUUGACACUGGACUUUUGGAUUUAUACUCCAAAAAUUUUGAUAUAAUAUGUCUCACUGAAACAAAAACAGAUACACCCGAUCUUUUAAAUACUUACUUGUCCGAAUAUAAAUGUCAUAGCAUGCAAAAGAGCUCGAAUAAGCAGCAGUAUGGUGGUUUUCAUGGUAUGUGUAUUUUAAUGAAAAAUUCUAUUUUUGAGUGUUCUACACGAAUUAAGCCUACUCUCUCAGAAUCUGUCAUAUGGGUGAAGGUCGGGAGUGAGCUUCUAGGCUUUCCGUUUAUUCUUGGUGCUAUUUAUCUCCCAUGUGAGGGAUCCAUUCAUUAUUCUCAUGAAGUGUUUGAUGAUUUAUGUAAUGACAUCGUUGAUAUUAAAAGUAAACAUAAUGCACCAUUUUGUUUAUUAGGGGACUUUAAUGCCAGAACAGGGAUGCUUGAUGAUUUUUUGGAUGUAGAUGAUUUUGUGGACCAGUCCAGCCUAGGAGCUUGUGAUGGUGACUUGGAUAUGUAUGAUACCGAUAUUUUUAAUUCUCGUUCUAAUAAUGAUACAGUUGUUAAUAAUAAUGGCAAGAAAGUUAUUGAGAUGUGCCAAAGUUUUGAUUUAAGAAUUGUGAAUGGUAGAGCAGGUAGUGAUCACACUAUUGGAAAGUAUACCUGUUUUAAUAAUGGUGGCCGUAGCACUGUUGAUUAUGCUAUUAUGUCAAAACGAUUAUUUCCAUUAGUAGAAGAUUUUAAUGUUGAUAUUUUUGAUAGAUGUUUGUCUGAUGUACAUUGCCCUAUUAUGCUGACCUUGCAAUCUGAAGAUAUUUUGAACAGUGAUUCAUUGAGAAAUGAAAGUAGGGAAGCACGCACAGGGCCAGACAAGCCAAAUUAUCUUGCCUUUCAAUGGAAUAGUAAUAGUAUGUUAGACUUUAAGCAGCAUACUAAAGAUUAUAGCGAGGUAAUGCAUAAAUAUGUAGAUCAACUUGAAGCUGAUGUUAAUCAGGAAGGUAUUGAUAUUUUUUAUUCACAUUUGUGCGAUAUGUUUUUGAGUACGGCAAAGGAAGUUGGAGUGUGUAAAUUAAAGCAUCAUAAAAAAGAUGGAAGUAAAUCAGGUAACAGUCAGAGUAAGCAAAGUCAACAGCCAUGGUUUGAUACUGAAUGUAGAGAUGCUCGGAAGGAAUAUUUGAAUGUUAAAAAUAGAUGGAAGAGGAAGGUAAAAUUGAUGAGGAACUCUGAUGUUCCUGUUGAUUCAAGUAAUUAUGAUAGUGCAGGGAAAUCUUAUAGGAAUUUGUUACGUUGUAAAAAGAGGUUAUAUUUUCAGGACUUGAAUAAAUCAUUACGUUCAUUGCGGACAAAAAAUCCCAAGGAAUAUUGGCAGCUACUGAAUGGUAAAAAUGAACGUAAGGAGAAAGAUAUUGGAAAUGUUUCAUUAAAGGAUUUUUUAAAUCAUUUUAGUCGUCUAAGUUAUAAGGAGGUUGAUGAGCCAGAACCCCCAAUUGUUAUGCAAGAGUUAUCUCAGGAAAAUGUUUGUCUCGAUGUUCCUAUUACUUUGAAGGAAGUUGACAUGAUGAUUAAGAAGCUUAAAAAUACUAAAGCUUGUGGAAGGGACUCUAUUAGAAAUGAGUUCCUUAAAAGUUGCCCCCUGGAGAUUCUUCAGGUUGUAGUUAAGUUCUUUAAUGUUGUAUUGAAUUCUGGUAUUGUUCCAACAGAAUGGUGUAUUGGGAUAAUUAUUCCUAUAUUUAAGAAUAAGGGAGAGAAUACAAACCCUGAUAAUUAUAGAGGCAUUACUUUGUUGAGUUGCUUAGGUAAGCUGUUCACAUCAAUUUUGAACUAUAGGAUCACUCAGUUUUUUGAGGAUGAGAGUUUGUUAGGAGAAGAGCAAGCUGGCUUCCGGUCCAACUAUUCAAUCACAGAUAAUGUAUAUGUUUUAAAGUCUAUUAUUGAUGUUUAUUUAAAGAAUUCUAAACGCCUUUAUUGUGCAUUCAUUGACUAUAAGAAAGCCUUUGAUUUGGUUGACCGUGCAGCAUUGUGGGUUAAAAUGUUUAGAAUGGGAGUAAAAGGCAAGAUUUUUAAUGUUAUAAGGAACAUGUACAGGUGUGCAAAAUCAUGUGUUGCUAAUGAGGGAGAUAUGUCCAGUUUAUUUACAUGCAAUAUUGGAGUGCGUCAAGGUGAAAACCUCUCACCUCUCUUGUUUGCUAUUUAUUUGAACGAUUUCCAACAAUCUAUAGGAAACUCGUACAAGGGCUUAGAAUUUUUGAAUACUAUUAUUAAAAAUAAGUUGCCUUUUGAUGGUAUUGAAAUAUAUAAGGAGUUAUCUUCUUUGUUAUAUGCUGAUGACACAAUUAUUCUAGCAGAAACUCCUGAAGAGUUGCAAAAAGCCCUAAACGCAGUGAAAGAUUAUUGUGAUACUUGGCACUUAACUGUUAAUGCCAGCAAAACAAAAAUUGUUGUUUUUUCACGUGGGAAAGUUAGAAGAAUGCCAGAAUUUGUUUAUGAUGGUGGUGUACUGGAAGUUGUUUAUGACUUUGUAUAAUUAGGAGUGACGUUUAAUUAUAAUGGUAACUUUAAAAAAGCAAUUGCUAAACAGGUCACACAAGCUCGAAAGGCAAUGUAUAGUAUGUUAGUAAAGGCAAAAAGGUUGCAUUUAUCUGUUGAUACACAAUGUCA